GUCCAGACGAGAGCUCCGGACACCAGCCGCAUUCCCCUGUGGCUCCGGUCUCUCCUCUUCCCCAUCGCUUCUUCUGUGAAAGGAAUCUCCCUCGCUCCCUCCACGGCGUCCAGUCUCGUUUCCUCGGCUGCGCCUUCCAGAAGGGAAGCCUACGCUGCAUGCCUGCAUCUCGCAAAUAAAAACUCUCAAGGCUAGCCAAGCUCUACUCCUCUGCCCCGUACUACUCCCACCUUUUAUUUCCCUUCCUUCCCCGUCGAAUCCUCGCUCCGCCCUGACCUUCCAGCACGGCUUCUGAUCUUCCGGCGCCGCUCUAGGCCACUGCAAGGGCUGCCGCCGGCCGUACCGUCACCGCCGACGCCUCCACCCCUACCUGCCGCCUUUGAUACGCGAUCCAUACGGGUCGGAGGAGAUCUCAGUAGCAGCUGGUGGUGCACCGUUUACCUUACACGACGGGUAAACUCGCCACGGGGGCCGGCCGGGAGCAGCGGCGGUGUCAGCCGGGCGGGAGUCCGUCAGUUGGCAGAGUAGUGCCCUCCUCGCCACGCCGGCCGGCAAGAGGCGGAGAAGAUCAUCUCGGCGUCAAGAUACACCGCGCGCACUCUGUUCACGCGACGGGUAGACCAGCCAAGGUGCCGGCCAGGAACAGCGGCGAUAUCUACCGGGCGGGAAGCCGUCGGUUGCCUUCUGUAGAGCGCGCGCGGUGCAGCAGCGAGAGGCGAUUGACCGACCCGUGCUGCUGAGCGUUGGAGGCCGGCCCGAAGAUGCUGGCCUGCAUCGCGUGCUCCGCCAAGGAAGGCGGGGAGGACGGCUCCCGUGCCGCGGCCACGCCGGCCGCCAGGUCUCUCACCUCACAGCUCAAGGACAUGGUGCUCAAGUUCUCCAGCUCCAGCAAGCACUACAAGGGGGCGGCCGCCGGGAGCCCCUCUUUCAGGAGCUACCGACGCCCCUACCCGGGAUUCGUCGACGACACUACCUUCACGCCGACGGGCAGACCCGCGAGCGACGCCGGCGCGUACACAAGGACUACUGCGGCAGCAGCGAACGGGAGCGCGCGGGCUGCCUCGUCGGCAACGUGGGACAUGACCGGGCGCGGAUGGCCGGGCGUGGACGAGGAGGACGGCGGUGAGAUCGUCGCCGCUGGGGUGGACGCCGCCGUGCCCAGGGAGUGGACGGCGCAGGUGGAGCCCGGCGUGCAGAUCACCUUCGUCACGCUCCCCGGCGGCGGCAACGACCUCAAGCGCAUCCGCUUCAGCCGUGAGAUGUUUAACAAGUGGAAGGCGCAGCGGUGGUGGGGAGAGAACUACGACCGCAUCGUGGAGCUGUACAACGUGCAGACCUUCAGCGGCACGCAGCAGGGGGGCUCCACUCCGACGUCCUCCGUCGACGACUCGCUUCUGAGAGAUUCGUCCUAUUCCCGGGGCGGCUCCACGAGGGACAGCCCGGUCGUCAUGAUGCCGCCGCCGCCGCCGUCAUCCUCGUCGAGCAAAGACCCGAUGUCACGGAGCGUUUCGUGCAAGGCGAUGAUGCCGCCGCCGUCGGGGCCUUACGGGGCGGGGCCAUCCACCAGGGCGGCGUACUACCCGUCCGCGGCGGCCGUGCCCGACCCGUCCGACCACGUCUGGGCGCACCACUUCAACAUGCUCAACUCCGCGGCGGCCGGCGGGCAUUCCUCCUACGACCCAUCGCGCGCCACCACCUCCUCCCGCGACGAGGCCUCCGUGUCCAUCAGCAACGUCAGCGACAUGGAGGCGACGGAGUGGAUCGAGCAGGACGAGCCCGGCGUCUGCCUCACCAUCCGCGAGCUCGGCGACGGCACCCGCGAGCUCCGCCGCGUCCGGUUCAGCCGGGAGAGGUUUGGCGAGGACAGGGCGAAGGUGUGGUGGGAGCAGAACAGAGACAGAAUACAGGCGCAGUAUCUGUAGUUGAUCUGGUUAAGCUAGUGGCGUUGGAGAUAGAUUAAGGGAGAUAAUGGUGAAAAGAGUGUGAAGAAGGGAUAACCGGAUAGGUGGAAGCAAACUAGUGGUGACCGUGGUGCUCGGCUUGGUGAAAUAUGGAGGUUGCGUUUGAAUUUCAAUGUGCUCCUCUGCUUUCUGUAGACUUUAGACAUGUAUAAACCUGAUAUGCUCGCCUGUCUUUGGCUUAUUUUACCUUUUCUAAGGCACCAAUGUGGUUCAUUCGUUGGUU